GUUGCAGGGAUGCGGCGGCGGGAGCAGCCGCCCUGACUCUUAGAGCAUCCUCCUCGGAGCGGCACCGCGGCGGGGCGGGCGGGGACGCGGCGGGGACCGAGAGGCGUGAGGCGGCCGUUAUCGCUGGCCUCGGAUCUGUCAUCUGCCGGAGACCAGGCGGUCUCGAGGCUCUGAUCCCCACCCUUUAGCUCCUGGCGCCCCCAGAACCAGGCGUCCCUCCCCCACCUUCCAUCCGAGCCCGCCGCGGGGGAGGGGCUCCGCCGCCGCCGCCGCCGCCGUUGCCUUCCGGGGACGUGGGCACGUGAGCCCGGGCGGCUGGGUCCAUGGCACUGUGAGUCGGCGAGGGAGCCCCGCUCCGCGCGAGGGGCGCCCGGCCCCCUCCCCGCCCCAUGCGCCCGCGGCUCUGAAGCCUGAGCGGGGCCGGGGCCGGGCGGCGUCGGGCCGCCGGAGGCAUGGCGCUCGGGAGUCGGUGGCGACCGCCACCCCAGCUGCCGCCGCUGCUGCUGCUGCUGCUGGCGCUGGCGGCGGGCGUCCGUGGCCUGGAGUUCGGCGGCGGCCCCGGGCAGUGGGCUCGUUACGCGCGCUGGGCGGGCGCGGCGAGCAGCGGCGAGCUCAGCUUCAGCCUGCGCACUAACGCCACGCGCGCGCUGUUGCUCUACCUGGACGACGGCGGCGACUGCGACUUCCUGGAGCUGCUGCUGGUGGACGGGCGCCUGCGGCUGCGCUUCACGCUGUCUUGCGCCGAGCCCGCCACGCUGCAGCUGGACACGCCGGUGGCCGACGACCGCUGGCACAUGGUGCUGCUGACCCGGGACGCGCGGCGCACGGCGCUGGCGGUGGACGGCGAGGCCCGCGCCGCCGAGGUGCGCUCCAAGCGGCGCGAGAUGCAGGUGGCCAGCGACCUGUUCGUGGGUGGCAUCCCCCCCGACGUGCGCUUAUCUGCGCUCACGCUCAGCACCGUCAAGUACGAGCCGCCUUUCCGCGGCCUCCUGGCCAACCUGAAGCUGGGCGAGCGGCCACCGGCUCUGCUGGGCAGCCAGGGCCUGCGCGGCGCGGCUGCCGACCCCCUGUGCGCUCCCGCACGCAAUCCCUGCGCCAACGGCGGCCUCUGUACCGUGCUAGCCCCCGGCGAAGUGGGCUGCGAUUGCAGCCAUACUGGCUUCGGCGGCAAGUUCUGCAGUGAAGAGGAACACCCUAUGGAAGGUCCGGCUCACCUGACGUUAAACAGCGAAGUAGGGUCCUUACUGUUCUCCGAGGGGGGGGCCGGGAGAGGAGGAGCCGGCGAUGUGCACCAGCCGACAAAAGGCAAGGAGGAAUUUGUGGCAACCUUCAAGGGCAAUGAGUUCUUCUGCUACGACCUGUCACACAACCCGAUCCAGAGCAGCACUGAUGAGAUCACACUGGCCUUCCGCACCCUGCAGCGCAACGGGCUGAUGCUGCACACGGGCAAGUCGGCCGACUACGUCAACCUGUCCCUCAAGUCUGGGGCUGUCUGGCUGGUCAUCAACCUAGGCUCGGGUGCCUUCGAGGCCCUCGUGGAACCCGUCAAUGGCAAGUUCAACGACAACGCCUGGCAUGACGUCCGGGUUACCCGAAACCUGCGCCAGCACGCAGGGAUUGGACACGCUAUGGUAAACAAACUGCAUUAUCUGGUGACCAUCUCGGUGGACGGGAUCCUGACCACCACAGGCUACACACAGGAGGACUAUACCAUGCUGGGCUCUGAUGACUUCUUCUACAUCGGAGGCAGCCCCAACACAGCCGACCUGCCUGGCUCGCCUGUCAGCAACAACUUCAUGGGCUGCCUCAAGGACGUGGUCUACAAGAACAAUGACUUCAAGCUGGAGCUGUCCCGCCUGGCUAAGGAAGGGGACCCGAAGAUGAAGCUGCAGGGGGAUUUGUCCUUUCGCUGCGAGGACGUGGCUGCCCUGGACCCCGUGACCUUUGAGAGUCCCGAGGCCUUUGUCGCACUGCCCCGCUGGAGCGCCAAGCGCACAGGCUCCAUCUCUCUGGACUUCCGAACCACGGAGCCCAAUGGGUUGCUGCUCUUCAGCCAGGGCCGGCGGGCUGGGGCCGGGGUAGGCAGCCACAGCUCUGCCCAGAGGGCCGACUACUUUGCCAUGGAGCUGUUGGAUGGUUACCUCUACCUUCUGCUGGACAUGGGCUCUGGGGGCAUCAAGCUGCGGGCGUCCAGCCGCAAGGUCAAUGACGGCGAGUGGUGUCACGUGGACUUCCAGAGGGACGGCCGCAAAGGCUCCAUCUCUGUGAACAGCCGCAGCACACCAUUCUUGGCCACGGGAGAGAGUGAGGUCCUGGACCUAGAGAGUGAGCUGUACCUGGGUGGCCUCCCCGAGGGGGGCCGGGUGGACCUGCCACUGCCCCCCGAGGUGUGGACAGCCGCUCUCCGGGCCGGCUACGUGGGCUGUGUUCGAGACCUCUUCAUAGAUGGACGGAGUCGAGAUCUCCGGGGCCUGGCCGAGGCCCAGGGGGCUGUGGGUGUUGCUCCCUUCUGCUCCCGGGAGACGCUGAAGCAGUGUGCGUCGGCCCCCUGUCGGAACGGGGGCGUCUGUCGAGAGGGCUGGAACCGGUUCGUCUGCGAUUGCGUCGGGACCGGCUUUCUGGGUCGGGUCUGUGAGAGAGAGGCCACUGUCCUAAGCUAUGAUGGCUCCAUGUACAUGAAGAUCAUGCUGCCCAAUGCCAUGCACACAGAGGCAGAGGAUGUGUCCCUGCGCUUCAUGUCCCAGAGGGCCUAUGGACUCAUGAUGGCCACCACCUCCAGGGAGUCAGCCGACACUCUGCGUCUCGAGCUGGACGGGGGGCAGAUGAAGCUCACCGUCAACCUCGACUGCCUGCGCAUCGGCUGCGCACCUAGUGCUGCAGGUAAAGGCCCCGAGACUCUCUUUGCGGGGCACAAACUCAAUGACAAUGAGUGGCACACGGUGAGGGUGGUCCGGCGUGGCAAGAGCCUGCAGCUGUCCGUGGACAACGUGACCGUGGAGGGACAGAUGGCAGGAGCCCACACUCGGCUGGAGUUCCACAACAUUGAGACGGGCAUCAUGACAGAGCGGCGGUUCAUCUCGGUGGUGCCCUCCAACUUCAUCGGGCACCUGAGCGGGCUCGUGUUCAACGGUCAGCCCUACAUGGACCAGUGUAAAGACGGGGACAUCACCUAUUGUGAGCUUAAUGCUCGUUUUGGUCUUCGUGCCAUUGUGGCCGAUCCUGUCACCUUCAAGAGUCGUAGCAGCUACCUGGCUUUGGCUACGCUCCAAGCCUAUGCCUCCAUGCACCUCUUCUUCCAGUUCAAGACCACGGCCCCCGACGGGCUUCUGCUGUUCAACUCAGGCAACGGCAAUGACUUCAUUGUCAUCGAGCUGGUCAAGGGGUACAUCCACUACGUGUUUGACCUGGGGAAUGGCCCGUCCUUGAUGAAGGGGAACUCAGACAAACCGGUCAAUGACAACCAGUGGCACAAUGUGGUGGUGUCCAGGGACCCGGGCAACGUGCACACGCUGAAGAUCGACUCCCGGACUGUCACGCAGCAUUCCAAUGGUGCCCGAAAUCUGGAUCUCAAAGGGGAGUUGUACAUCGGUGGCCUGAGCAAGAACAUGUUCAGCAACCUGCCCAAGCUGGUGGCCUCUCGGGAUGGCUUUCAGGGCUGCCUGGCCUCUGUGGACCUCAACGGGCGCCUCCCAGACCUCAUUGCUGACGCCCUGCACCGGAUCGGGCAGGUGGAGAGGGGCUGUGAUGGCCCCAGCACCACCUGCACCGAGGAAUCUUGUGCCAACCAGGGCGUGUGUCUGCAGCAGUGGGAUGGUUUCACCUGUGACUGUACCAUGACUUCCUACGGAGGCCCUGUCUGCAAUGACCCUGGGACCACAUACAUCUUUGGGAAGGGGGGAGCGCUCAUCACCUACACAUGGCCCCCCAAUGACCGGCCCAGCACGAGGAUGGACCGCCUGGCUGUGGGCUUCAGCACCCACCAGCGGAGCGCUGUGCUGGUUCGAGUGGACAGCGCCUCCGGCCUCGGGGACUACCUGCAGCUGCACAUUGACCAGGGCACUGUUGGGGUGAUUUUUAACGUGGGCACGGACGACAUUACCAUUGAUGAGCCCAACGCCAUCGUGAGUGACGGCAAAUACCAUGUGGUGCGAUUUACUCGAAGCGGUGGCAAUGCCACCCUACAGGUGGACAGCUGGCCAGUCAACGAACGGUACCCAGCAGGAAACUUUGAUAACGAGCGCCUGGCGAUUGCUAGACAGAGAAUCCCCUACCGGCUUGGUCGAGUAGUAGAUGAGUGGCUGCUCGACAAAGGACGCCAGCUGACCAUCUUCAACAGCCAGGCUGCCAUCAAGAUUGGGGGCCGGGAUCAGGGCCGCCCCUUCCAGGGCCAGGUGUCCGGCCUCUACUACAAUGGGCUGAAGGUACUGGCGCUGGCCGCCGAGAGCGACCCCAACGUGCGGACUGAAGGCCACCUACGCCUAGUAGGGGAGGGGCCUUCCGUGCUGCUCAGUGCGGAGACCACUGCCACCACCCUGCUGGCUGACAUGGCCACCACCAUCAUGGAGACCACCACCACCAUGGCCACCACCACCACUCGCCGGGGCCGCUCCCCCACAAUGAGGGACAGCACCACCCAGAACACAGAUGACCUCCUGGUGGCCUCGGCUGAGUGUCCAAGCGAUGAUGAGGACCUGGAGGAGUGUGAGCCUAGUACUGGAGGAGAGUUAAUAUUGCCCAUUAUCACGGAGGACUCCUUAGACCCCCCUCCCGUGGCCACCCGGUCCCCCUUCGUGCCCCCGCCCCCCACCUUCUACCCCUUUCUCACGGGCGUGGGUGCCACCCAAGACACCCUGCCCCCGCCCGCCGCGCGCCGCCCGUCCUCGGGGGGCCCGUGCCAGGCUGAGCGCGACGACAGCGACUGCGAGGAGCCCGUGGAGGCCUCGGGCUUCGCCUCCGGGGAGGUCUUUGACUCCAGCCUCCCCCCCACGGACGACGAGGACUUUUACACCACCUUCCCCUUGGUCACGGACCGCACCACCCUCCUGUCGCCCCGCAAGCCUGUGCCCCGACCCAACCUCAGGACAGAUGGGGCCACGGGCGCCCCCGGGGUGCUACUUGCGCCCUCCGCCCCGGCCCCCAACCUGCCUGCGGGCAAAAUGAACCACCGAGACCCGCUGCAGCCUCUGCUGGAGAACCCACCCCUGGGGCCCGGGGUCCCCACGGCCUUCGAGCCGCGGCGGCCGCCUCCCCUGCGCCCCGGCGUGACCUCAGCCCCCGGUUUCCCCCGUCUGCCCACAGCCAACCCCACGGGGCCGGGGGAGCGCGGCCCGCCGGGCGCGGUGGAGGUGAUCCGUGAGUCCAGCAGCACCACGGGCAUGGUGGUGGGCAUCGUGGCGGCGGCGGCGCUCUGCAUCCUCAUCCUUCUCUACGCCAUGUACAAGUACCGCAACCGCGACGAGGGCUCCUACCAAGUGGACCAGAGCCGGAAUUACAUCAGUAACUCGGCCCAGAGCAAUGGGGCGGUGGUGAAGGAGAAGGCCCCUGCUGCCCCCAAGACGCCCAGCAAGGCCAAGAAGAACAAAGACAAGGAGUAUUACGUCUGAGCACCCAGUCCAGGCACCGCGCCCCACUGCCAACUGCUCCUUCCGGGAGGGCCCGGGAGGAGGGUGCGGCCCUCUCCCUGCAGGGGGACCUGGGGACUCUCUCCCCAGCUGCCUCAGGCUUCUCCCACGAAGAGGAAACGCAAAAAAAAGAAAAGGAAUAUAACUACGUGCUCAUCCCCUUCCCUCCCGCUGCCCACGGCGCCGCACCGUCAGCUCUGGGGCUGGCUGUCCUUCUCAGCUCUGCGCCUGUCAGGCAGGGCACGUGCUCACAGCCCUGGGUUGAUUUAUUUUUUUAAGGGGGGGUAGUUUUAUUUUGGUGGGGCUGGGCGGGAAGGAAGGCUGGGGUUUUGUAAAGUGUCCACUGCGCCGUCCGUUUAUUUCCCUCGAUUUUCUUCCUCCCUGUUCCUCCUGCCUUCCUUCUCCUUCCCAGCCCUCCUGUCCCGGUUCAGGCUUGCUGUGUCUCUUGUCCCUACCCUCCUCACUCUCCCCCCCCCCUUUCUUUUUCUUUCUUCUUUCUUUUUCUUUUUUUUUUUUUUAAAGAUUUCUGUUUUCUCUGCUUCCCUCCCUUUGGAUUUCCAGAGACGCCGGGAGAAGAGGCAUGGGAGGGUGGGCCCAGAGCGGCCCAGCUUGGGUGGCUGGGUCCGGGCAGUGGGGUUCAUUCUCCUAGUGCUCCAAGUCCCCUCAAAAGGAGAAGCUCCUGCCUGGGGCCGCCCAGGGAUGGGGCUUGGGCCUGGUCAAGGCCUGUUGUGUGUGUCGCUGCCGGGCAACGUGCAUUGCUGGGAAGCCGCCGGAGGAGCGGGGUGGGGGGGCGGGGGGAGGGGAAAGGCAAAUGCAGAUAUAUAUUAAAAACAAAUAACCGAGGUACUAGAGCUGCGGUCUGUGGCACCAGCUUGCUGCAGGUGCAGGGAAGGGAGGGGGUGAGGCUGUGUCUGCAGGAUGGCUGGGGUCACUUCUCCGCCCAUGGGCUCCCUGCCCCCCCACUUUUUUUCUCUUUGUUAACAAAUGUGUCUGAGUCUUGGAAAACACCCCAAACCCGGAAAUGUGUGGGAAAAAGAAAACAAAAACUUUCCAAAUUCCAACA